CGGACAAACAAGUCUACAACACUCAUUUCCUGCCUACCUUGCUUCUCUCCAUUCCAAUCUCUAGUUCUUGUCUUCAAAAGUUCUCAAGAUGGGUUCCGAUCCUCAAUUUGCGAAAUAUCCUGAUCUUACCCUCGCCCAACACAUCUUCACCCUUGCAAACACUCCCCAAUCGGCUCAGCCAACGUCAUUACCUUACCUUCAAAAUGCAAUCAAAGAGCACAAGAUGGCGCCUCUAUACCGGCAUCUGGCCCAUCCUGCGGAAGGAGUGCUGAAUACCGUCGGAGAGGGCUCGGCUCAGACAGCAAUUCCGCCUCAGAAAGCUCCAAGUCGGAGAGCCUCGUUAGUGUCAAGCAAUCUACUGCCAUCUAAGAGACCUGUACCGUCGGGCAUAUUACCAUGGGACGAGGCACUCUACGAAGAGUUGAAAGCUGAUAACGAGAGGGAGCUGGAAGGGUUCCAGAAGGAAGAGGAGGAGGCUGAAGAGAAGGCUGGCGAGACAGAGGUGCAGGCAGCAAGAAGCAAGCGAGCUGAGUUUUGGGCUCGAGUUGGUGACAAGGACAAAGCUAUCACCGCUUAUGAGACGGUGUUCGACAAGACCGGCCCCCUCGGAACCAAGAUCGAUAUUGUCCUUGCCAUGAUUCGAAUAGGUCUUUUCUUCAACGACAAAGCCUUUGUCAAGAAGCAGGUCGACCGUGCCAGCAUCCUGGUCGAAAGUGGUGGUGACUGGGAUCGAAGAAACCGAUUGAAGGCCUACAAGGGUCUGCAUCUCCUGACCGUCCGGUCCUACAACCUUGCGGCUCCUCUUCUCCUCGACAGUCUUUCCACCUUUACUAGCUACGAACUCUGUAGCUAUUCCUCCCUCGUGGUCUACGCUGUGCUGGCUGGUGCAUUGUCGCUGAAGCGCGUGGAUUUCAAGGCCAAGGUGGUUGAUGCACCCGAAAUCAAGGCCAUACUAGGUUCAGGCGACGAGAAACCGGAUGAAGAAAUGAAGGAUGUCUCUGCUUCUACAGCAGAACGGGCAGCUGGAAUUGUCAAUGUGGCAGCACUGGGGUCCAGUUCGGCAGUUGAGCAGCAGACCGAAUCUCCUGUGGAUGUUUCGUCUUUGGCACGCCUGGUAAACAGUCUGUACGGUGGCGAUUAUCGGUCUUUCUUCCUUUCUCUAGCUACGGUCGAGGAGAAUUUCCUGACCCAAGACCGAUACCUGUACGAGCAUCGGGCAUGGUUCGUGCGCGAAAUGCGUCUCCGAGGUUACCAGCAACUGCUCCAGUCCUACCGAGUGGUCGGCCUGACCACCAUGGCGCAGGCGUUUGGUGUCAGCGUCGAUUUCUUAGACCGAGAUUUGGCCAAGUUCAUCGCCGCUGGUCGAGUCAGUUGUACCAUUGACAGGGUGCAGGGUACCAUUGAGACUACUCGGCCGGAUGAUAAGAAUAAGCAAUAUGCGGAUGUUGUGAAGCAAGGUGAUGCUUUAAUCACAAAACUUCAAAAGUAUGGCCAGGCUGUGAGGUUACGUGGGAGUGAAAGGGCCUAGUCCGUGACAGGAACUAAAAGGCACAUGCUAUUUGAUACAAAAUACAUAGAAGAAGCAUGAGCAGCGCAAGGCGUUUAGGCUACAAGGACUAUGGCUGUAUCAUAUGGUGAUUUGGCGAGAACCAGAGGUGUCUUAGGUACCACUCGGUAGAGACCAGGUACCAAGAUACUUUGCUCGCUGUUGUACCUACGAGCAUAGGAAAUAAUACCAGCCGCAAAGUAUUGCUCGAGGUGAUCGGGGCAAUUAUGCUGUAUCUUACAUUUUGUUCUGCGU